AAAGCCGCACCGGGUGAUCGUUUCCUUGGUAACACCACUACGUUCACUAUUUUACGAGUCCACAUUAGCGCCUAAACAUGGACAUUCGGGGACGAAGUGCGCAGGGCUGCGGCGAAAACAUUGUGGACAUGGUUGACAUGGAGGACGAAACCUUUGCGAUCUCCAGUUCCUCAGCUGCUGACACUGCAUUCGACUCUGUUAUUGGUUGCAUAGAAGACAUCAUUAUGGAGGAGGCUUUCCAGCUACUACAGCAGAACUUCAUGGAGAAACACUACCAAGAGUUUGACAACACUGAUGAGAACAAGCUCAGCUACACACCCAUUUUCAAUGAAUAUGUGGAGCUGUUGGAGAAAUAUGUGGAGCAGCAGUUGAUCAAGAGGAUCCCCAGCUUCAAUAUGUCCACCUUCAUUGAGCAUCUCAUGGAGCACAAAGACGAAGUGUCAGGCGACAUUGUUGACAUACUGCUGUCCUUUAUUGACUUUGUGGCCUUCAAGGAGAUGGUUCUGCAAUACAAAGUGGAAAAGGAGGGACGAAGUCUGGACCUGAGCCAAGGACUGAUAGUCACACCUUUAACCCCUGCAGCCUCCACCCACACUGGAUCCAAUCAGUUGCAAUGACACACACACGCGCACACACACAAUAGACACGUGUAUGUGUGCCACAUUAUGGAAAAUAUUGUCGAUUGAACUCAAAACGCAUCCAUAAACCUCAAGUCUGACACAUGGGAAGAGACAACCACUCGCAGCGAUAGGAAUGUAGUCCUCAGUGAACCUUUGCACCGUGGGAGGAAGUUGGCGAUGCCACACGAGCUGAGGGAGAACAUGCAGAUUCUGAGACUCGUCCAAACCGAAACAUGCUUGUUGUUAUAGAAGAGGUGCUAACCAAUGUGCCAGUGUGCUACCACAGCUGGACCCCUAAAAAGUGUAUUUGUGUACAAAACAUCCCCAAAUGCUAAUUCCCUGUUUAAGAUGGAAAAUGAAGAAGACGUGAUAUGUUACAUUCAUCUUGAUUCAUAAACAACAUCAGGAGGAUUUUAUUUAUUUUUUUGUCAUAAAUACUGUUGUUGGUACUAAUCUUAACUUAUGUUUUUGUCGAGCAAAUAGUACUGAAUGAGAGCUGCGCAGACUGAUGGAGAAAAAAAACACACGUUUGUGUUAGAUGUUUUGAGUUUGUGGCUAAACAAGAAUUCCUCACAUUUUUACAAUAUUGGUUUGAUUGCAUGUUGUGCCUGUGAAAGUGAUUUAAAAAAAAUAAAAAAAAUAAAAAAAAAAAUGUAAAUAGUGAUUUGUAUCGAGUAUUUGUGUAAUGAUGAAAUGCCUGUGACACAUUUUCUAAUAAACAGGAGAAAAGCCUCCAAUCUGC